GUACAUGAUGCCUCCCUCACAACUCUGGACUCAUCCAUAGCAGCAUUGAAAUUUAAAAUGUCAACAUUCCCUCUAUUCUCAUUUUAAACAGGAAAACGCCAAGUUAGGGAAUGAAAUGGAAGUGAGCGAGGGAAGGCAGUAGUUCCGAGAAAUGGUGUUACGAGUGACACGGGGUGAAGAAAAAGAAGCAUGGGUGGAGGGGGGAGGGAUUUAAUCCUGCCUGGAUUAUCGUAUACAUUGGUCGUGAGGCGCAAGCGAGUGAGGAAGUCCCAACAGUCCAUCCAUCCAUCCCAGACUCCAUUCCGGACCGUUUUCAUCUCUCUGCUCAGUGAUUUUUUUUUUUUUUUUUUACCUCUCCAGAUGUGAGCACAAAAGUUCUGGAAAGAUGGACUACUGCUACUGCUCGUGGUCGGAUGUGACCUCACCGAGUGUUUGGGACCUCUGGCGGUCCUCUCCGUGUCACACCGUGGAUUCUUUUGUGCCUGUUGUGGCUCUCCGGACUUGAGCUCAACUGAUGUUUUGGAUCCCGGUUGUUUUGAGACUUGUCAAAGAAGAAAUGGACGCAAACGCGGGCGAUGGUGUACAGUGGCAGAGAAAUGGACCGCGGCGAACGAGGCUGACGAUGCUCCCGUGGAUGAUCCUGUGCAGCUCGCUGUGGCUGGCAGUGGAUGGCCAGAUGAAGAUCUCACCGGAGACCGUGCAGAAGUGGGCAGAGUCAUUCGGGAAAGAGAUGGCAUCCCUCUCCACCAAAUACUCUGGAGCUGAACUGCUACAAAAAAAAUAUAAGGACGUGGAGGGCGUGUUGAAGAUUGAGGAGGUGGACGGAGGGGAGCUGGUCCAAAAGUUUGCGGAGGAGAUGGAGAAGAUGCUUGGGAGGAAAAUGAAAUCUGUUAAGAGGUUGGCAGAAGCAGCCGAGGAGGCUGAUCUUUACCACGAGUACAAUGACACGCUUGAAUUUGAAUACUACAACUCCAUGCUGAUCAACAUGGCGGACGAGGACGGCAACCCGCUGCCCCUGGGAGGAGAAUUCCCGCUGGAAAAGAACGAACACUUCAGCAAACUGCCAGUCAACACGCAGCAAAGUAACAUUCAAGUGCCCACUAAUGUCUACAACAGAGAUACAGAUAUUUUAAACGGCGCGUACAUGUCCGAGGCUCUCAAUGACGUAUUCAUCGACAACUUCCAGAAGGAUCCCACCCUCACUUGGCAGUACUUUGGAAGCUCCUCAGGCUUCUUCAGGCUCUACCCGGGGAUCCAGUGGAUCCCGGACGAGAAUGGGGUGGUCACUUUCGAUUGCAGAAACAGAAACUGGUAUAUCCAGGCGGCCACUUCUCCGAAAGAUGUGGUCAUUGUGGUGGAUGUGAGCGGCAGCAUGAAGGGGCUCAGGCUCACUAUAGCUAAGCACACCAUCAACACAUUAUUGGACACACUGGGAGAGAAUGAUUUUGUCAACAUCAUAGCUUAUAGCGACUACGUUCGAUACUUGGAACCCUGCUUCAAGGGAAUUCUGGUCCAAGCCGAUCUAGAUAACAGAGAGCACUUCAAGUUACUGACCAGCGAGCUGCACGUCAAAGGAGAAGGCAAAGUGAAAAAUGCCAUGAGGGAGUCGUUCAGGAUCCUCAAUGAGGCUGCAGCACUGGGCCAGGGCAGCCUGUGCAACCAGGCCAUCAUGCUGAUAACAGACGGCGCUAUGGAAGACUUCCAGGAUGUUUUUCAAGAGUUCAACUGGCCAGAACGACGGGUUCGAGUAUUCACUUAUCUCAUAGGACGGGAAAUGACAUUUGCUGAAAAUGUCAAAUGGAUUGCCUGCAAUAAUAAGGGUUAUUACACGCACAUUUCGACGCUAGCUGACGUCCAGGAAAACGUCAUGGAGUACCUGCACGUUCUCAGCCGGCCCAUGGUCAUCAACCACGACCAUGACAUCAUCUGGACGGAGGCCUACAUGGACAGUGUGCUAUUCAACAGUCAAGCCCAGAGUUUGCUUCUGAUGACUUCGGUUGCAAUGCCUGUUUUCAGCAAGAAAAAGGAGACGUUGUCUCAUGGAAUUUUGCUUGGAGUUGUCGGAACUGACGUGGCCCUGAAAGAACUGAUGAGAUUAGCUCCGAGAUACAAGCUGGGUGUCCACGGUUAUGCCUACCUCAUCACAAACAAUGGCUACAUCUUGUCUCAUCCUGACCUCCGGCCUCUGUACAAGGAAGGGAAGAAGCUGAAGCCCAAACCCAACUAUAACAGUGUCGACUUGUCCGAGGUGGAAUGGGAAGACACAGAAGAGAAACUCAGGACGGCCAUGGUCAAAGGAGAAACCGGGACCUUGUCCUUGGAUGUGAGGACUUCAGUGGAUAAGGGAAAACGAGUGAUGUUCCUCAAGAAUGAUUACUUCUACACCGGCAUCAAUGAGACUCCUUUUAGUCUUGGUAUAGUGUUGACAAGAGGAUAUGGGCAGUAUAUAUUUGUUGGGAAUGUCUCUGUUGAAGAAGGUCUUCAUGAUUUACUGGCUCCUGAUUUGACCAUCGCUAGCGAAUGGACCUACUGCGAGACCGACAUCGACCCAGCGCAUCGUAAAUUGAGCCAGUUGCAAGCGGUAGUUCGAUACCUGACGGGGAAAGAACCGGAUCUUGAGUGUGACGUGCAGCUGAUGCAGCAAACCCUGUUCGACGCUGUGGUGACUGCUCCGAUGGAAGCUUACUGGACUGCCCUCAUGCUCAACCCAACCGGUAUGGAUGACGGCAUUGAAACAGCUUUCCUGGGCACGCGGUCCGGCCUGAUGAGAUUCCAGCGUUACGCUGGAAUCGAAAAGCGAGUUGGCAUGUCCUUCCUGACAGCCACGGAUAAGGAGAACAUGUUCACUUUGGACCAUUUUCCAUUGUGGUUCCGCAGGGCAGCCGAGUACCCUGCUGGACAGUUUCUGUACUACAUGCCACGACAAGACACCAGAGCUGGGAGGAUCGUGAUCUCAACCACUGCCAUCACUGUGACUGUGGGCAAGAAGACAGCCAUUGCUGGAGCCAUUGGUGUCCAAAUGACUCUGGAGGUGAUGGAAUCCAGAUUUUGGGCCAUCGCAUCACAGCCAAACGACACUGAUUGCUCCGACGUGGAAGGAAUUUGUCCUCUUCGUUGCGACAGCUUUGAUAUGGAGUGCUACGUGAUUGACAAUAAUGGCUUUGUCCUCAUUUCCAAACAACGCGCUGACGCCGGGACAUUCUUCGGCGAGGUGGACGGCACGGUUAUGUCCACGUUGAUCCGAAUGGGCAUGUUCAAGAGGGUUUCUCUGUUUGACUACCAGGCGAUGUGUAAAAUGAACACUCACUCCGUCAGCAGGGCCCGGCCACUUCUUAAUUCAUUCUACGCUUUGGCAUCCGCUCUCAAGUGGUUCCUUUCCAACUUCUUACUGUUUCUCCUUGAGUUUAACGUUUGUGGAUUCUGGCACACGGAGCACUUUGCAGAUGCGUCUGCUCACAAGAAAAAGGGGGACCUCCUGCAGCCGUGUGAUACAGAGUACCCCAGUUUUGUCUACGAGCCGUCAGUCAAAGAGACCAACAGUAUCAUCAAGUGCGGACGCUGCCAGAAGAUGUUUGUGGUGCAACAGAUCCCGCAGAGCAACCUGCUGAUGUUAGUUGUCCAGGCCGACUGCGACUGCUCCAGACAAUACUCGCCCAUUACUAUGGAGCCCAAAGAAGUCAAAUAUAACUCCUCAGUGAAAUGCGACCGGAUGCGUUCCCAGAAGAUCCGCAGACGUCCCGAGUCGUGCCACGCUUACCACCCUCAGGAGAACGCAAACGACUGCGGAGGAGCGGCCGCCGUAUCCCUCUCUACCUUGCUCUUCCUCGUUUGUCCAUCCAUCGCCUCAUUCCUCUACCAAUGGUGACCCCGAUUUUGCCACAAGUGGAUUUAUUUUUUAUAUAUAAAGCACAACUAUAUUUGUUGGUCCUGACAAACCGAAGAACUGUUCCUUUCCUUGGUGAAAGUGCUGAAAAUUGGCAGGUGUUGCCAUGGAUACCACUCUCCAUUAGUUUUAUUCUCUUCCACCACCUUGUAUCUCCAAAUGAAAGGGGGGGACUAAACAGAAGCAGGUGGUUGCCGUGACUCACACGGAUGAAUUAUGAAUCACAUGAGUGAAUGUAAUAGAGCCCGUAGGGAAGUAAUGAAUUUCUGAUUUAGCUUCACGCCGAUUUGCGUAUGGUCAUGCAAAUCACAUCAUGUAGCAUAGGAAGGGCUUCAAACUACAAAGGUCUAACUUAUUAUAUUAAAUUAAUACCCUUUAACUAUUUCAAAAUGUAUAAUUUAAGGUUGAGUCCUAGUUAGCACGUCAUUUCAUUUAAACAAGUAAAAAACAAUAUAUUUAUAUACAUUGCUGCCUCCUGUAUAUUGGUGUAAAUCUGUCAUCAUAUUUUUGUACGCUACUAGUGUUUAGCUUUUCUAAAAGCAUGUUUAUGAGAAAUUGCCGGAUUGACUACCUAUUAAACUUAUUCAUUGUGUGU